CUUCUCUUGGAUCAUUCUAGUCCACUUUUUCCCUCUCUCUCUCCCUCUGCAUCCUCUUGUCUCUCCUCCUCACCCUUUCCAUCUCUUCCUCCCUUGUCCUUCACUCCUCUCCAGCUGCCAGAAGCUCGCAGGCUCAGCGCCCCUGACAAUCCAGCCGCUGACAAUUCAGAAGCACCCCGGACAAAGACCUCGCCACAGAAGCCAAGAUGGCAAUGAGCAGCAUCCUCAACGCCGAUGACAUCAAGAAAGCUCUCGACGCAUUUGCAGUUGCCGACUCUUUCGACCACAAGAAGUUCUUCGAGAUCGUUGGUCUGAAGUCCAAAUCCCCCAGCGACGUGAAGAAGGUCUUCACGGUGCUGGACGCCGACAACAGCGGCUUUAUAGAGGAAGAGGAGCUCAAAUUCGUCCUGAAGGGUUUUGCCAAGGAUGGCAGAGACCUGACAGACAAAGAAACCAAAGCGUUUUUAAAAGCGGCUGACAAGGACGGAGACGGCAAGAUUGGAAUUGAUGAAUUUGCUGCCCUCGUGAAGGAAUGAACAGCUGCCCAUCGCCGUGACGGAUCGCCUCCCGGCCCUCACCAUCCCGACUCCAUGCUCACCCCCUUCCCCCAUGCCUCACUGCAACCUGCCCCCCACCCCACCGACCGACCCAGGCCAGAACCCGCUUCAAGCGCUCCUUCCCUUUAACCUCACUGCUGUCUCCACAAAGUGAAACGCUGCAGUGAAGUCGGCUGUGCUACGCAGACCCUCCCCCUCCUCUCCUGUUUUUUAUACAAACUCUUCACGUUUCUGUUCAUGUAUAGAUACGAAACACUCCUGCAACUAAAGUUUGUACUUUGAAGCAUAUGUAGAUAUUUACAGAGAGCAUUUCCUUCCACUUCCUGACCUCACCGUCUGUCUAAUCUGCUUGUUCUUCUGUUUUCUUCUCUCGGUCGACGUCACCGAACCCCGCCGCCCCAUCCAUCCAUCUGCUUUCCAUCCAUCACUUUAUCCCCCCCGAUAAUGAGCUGUUGUAAAAAAAGACUAACAAAAAACACAAUGAUGGCAGAAGUCAAGCUGUGAAAGAAAAUAAAAGAGUAAAAUACAAAAA